GCAUAUUCUCCAAAGAUAAGGGUCAUCCCAUAUGUAAAAUCUAUCUUGAGACAGAAUUUUUUCACGUAGGGACUUAGGCAUAUAACGAGGAAAGGUCUUGGUAACCUUAAAAUUAACAAUCUCAGCAAACCAAGGGAUGGUAGAAAGUGCCAACAGACUCUCAUCUGGAAAGGAUCCUGUGAAAUGACUAGGAUUGGACGGUGGUCCUUCUAAACGACUAAGGAGGAGUGAAGGGACUCUCAUCAAUCAAGCCAAAAACACAAGGGAUCUUAUCAAGAAGUUCAAAGUUGAUCAAAAGUCAUCCGUUUCUGUCCCCAUGAGCACAUCCACCAAACUUGAUAUGGAUGUAGAUGGAAAGGAUGUUGACCAAACUCUCUACAGAGGAAUAGUUGGAUCUCUACUCUACCUUACUGCAAGCCGUCCGGAUAUCUCAUAUGCAGUAGGCAUUUGUGCUAGAUUUCAAGCCAAGGCAAAGGAAAGCCAUCUAGUUGCAGAACAUGUUGAGUUAGUGGGAUACUCAGAUUCUGACUUUGCCGGAUCAAAGAAGGGUGAUUUUAAGAAUGAUAACAAGCUAAUCUUGGAGCUUGUCAUCAGAUGUCUAGAAUGUGGAAGUGGAGGACAUGCAGAUGACAUCACCCAGGAGAGAGCCUUCAUUAUCUAUGCCCUCAUCAGCAAAACCAAGGUAAAUUGGGCUAAACAAUUCUUCAAUUCCAUUUCAAAGCACAUAGGCCAACCCAGGCAGAAGUUCCUCUGUCAAGGACUGUACAAUGGCCAUGUACUGGAGUCUAUGGAUAUUGCCUCUGAUGGCAAGAAAAGAUCCAGCUCUGUUGCUGAAGAAGAAGGAUCUUCAGAUGAAGUUCUGGCUGUCACCUUGAAGAAAUCUUCAAAGAGGAAGCAAGUGGUAUCUUCCUCCCCUUGUGCUGAAGAACCACGAGACCUUGAGGCGGAGAAUGCUGCCAUCUCUCAAUAUGAAGAAAAGAUUCAAGCAGAAGAAGAAGAAGAAGAAGAAAUUCUCCAAUCCCUCCAAUUACAAGUUCAAGAGAUUCUCACAACCACUUGUGAGAUCUCCAAUCUAGCUGGACAUGGAAUUCAGGAAAAGUCAGAAGAGCAUGUGGACGAACUGUCAAAGUCCACUCCUCCAGAUAUCACAGGAGAAGAAGCUCAUGGAGAACCAGAAGUGGAAGCUCAAAGAAGCCUUGAAGAAGUUGCAGAAGAUGCUCAGAUAGCUAGACUAGAGGCUACUAGAACUCCAGUUGCUAUCUUUGAGCAACAAAAUGCUGAAGUAGUGAGAGAACCGAUUUCCCUGGAGAUCUCAAACUACAAAGAUGGAGAAGCUGAGGAAGAGUGUGUAAAGACUUUGAAUAUUAAUUGUUAGGAAAAAUUAUAGAUUUUGAUGAUGAUGUAUUUAGAUUGUAAUACAGACUUUAGGUCACCCCCAAUACUCAAUGUAAUUUUCUUUUUAGAAAUAUUGUUAAAACUGAGUUCUUGAGAUUUCCGAUAAAACUUGUAAUAUUUCACUUUGUGGUUUGAUGUCAAACUUUGAAGACUUAAUCAAAUUCAGUGAUAUGG